AUUAACUUGCUAGUGUAGGUUUAAAUGUUUGACAAAAAUAUUGUAUGCUUGCUGUGCUCGUUUGGUGCUUAUGAAGUAAAUGACUAUAGAGACUGUAUAUGUUUCUUAUAUCACACUAAACACAAGUACUUUAUAUAUCGUAUACUUUCAGUCAGUGUUACGUUAUCAAUGAAGCGGAACACGGAAUCGGACUGUUCGAUAAAAACAACAGCUUGCUGACUUCGUGGUACAACGUUUGAGAGCUGGACACUGUGCGGCACUUUGUGACGCUUACUGGUUGCAAAUUUGAGACGUGUUAGAAUAGUCAUCCGAAGACGUCAAGUUUGAGGAGUGUUGAAAUCGUCAUCUGAAGACGUCAAGUUUGAGGAGUGUUGAAAUCGUCAUCUGAAGACGUCAAGUUUGAGAAGUGUUCAAAUCGUCAGCUGAAGACUUCAAGUUUGAGGAGUGUUGAAAUCGUCAACUGAAGACGUCAAGUUUGAGGAGUGUUGAAAUCGUCAGCUGAAGCAUGCCAUUCAGUGGUAAGUCGUGUAUCAUAUGCAACGUCUGCUCGCAGUGCUGUAAAAGCAAGUCUUGCUUAGAGAUACACAUGCGCGUGCACACCGGGGAACGACCCUUCACGUGCGGGGUGUGUCUCAAGGAUUUCACAACCAUAGGUAACAUUAAGAAACACAUGUGGCUCCACACCGGAGAAAAACUAUUUCAAUGCGAUGUGUGCACAAAACGUUUUGUUAACAAAUCGGGACUCAAACAGCAUGCGAUGAUUCAUAGUGAUGACAAACCUUACAAGUGUGAAAAGUGCACAAAGGGUUUCACGGGGAAUUUCAGCUUGAAAAAACAUAUGCAGAUCCACACUGGUGAAAGAUCGUUCACGUGUGAACUGUGCACCAAAUGUUUUAGACGGCGUGCCAGCUUGCAAAAUCAUAUCCUGUUGAGACAUUCUAAUGAGUCGUUUUUGUGUGAUGUGUGCACAAAAAGUUUCAAAAAGCGCCCCCUACUUGCACAGCACAUGUUGAUCCAUACUGGUGAAAAACCAUUCCUGUGUGAGAUUUGUACAAAACGCUUUAGCCAGUCUGCGACAUUUAGACAGCACAAGAAGUGUCACUCUGGCGAGAAGCCAUUUAAAUGUGAAAUGUGCACAAAAUGUUUUACACGAAGUGGCAACUUGAGACGCCACGAGUUAACUCAUACUGGUGUGAAACCAUUCAAGUGUGAAUUGUGCACAAAAUGUUUUACCCAGAGUUCCACUUUGAAACUGCACAUGUUGAUUCAUAUGGGUGUGAAACGUUUCAAAUGUGAAAUUUGCUCAAAACGUUUCACAAAGAAUGGAGACUUGAGAUGUCACACACUGACACAUACCGGCGAGAAACCAUUCGUGUGUGAAAUCUGUGCGAAAUGUUUCACUCAUACAUCGAGCCUGAAACAUCAUAUGAUGGUCCACAAGGGCGAAAAACCAUUCAAAUGUGAGAUAUGCACAAACUAUUUUACUCAUAAAUCCAGUCUGAAAAAGCAUAUGAUGAUUCACAAUGGUGAAAAAAAACCCUUUCAAAUGUGAGGUGUGCACAAACUGUUUUAGGCUGCGUUCAACGUUGAGAAAGCAUAUGAUGAUUCACAAUAGUGAGAAAAAAAACCCCAUUCAAAUGUGAGGUGUGCACACAAUGUUUUAGGCUGCGUUCUACGUUGAGAACGCAUAUGAUGAUUCAAAAUCAAUUGUGAGGUGUGCACAGAAUGUUUUGCACUGGGUUCCAAGUUGAGGAGGCAUACGUUGAUUCACACUGACCUGAGCCCCGUUCCACGAAGCGAUCUUAGCCCUAAGAUUACCUUAAGCGCAUAGCUACCCUAUUCACUUUAGUUGAUCUUAGGACUAAGAUCGCUUCGUGGAACUGGGACCAGACACCUUCCAUAUAUGACUAGGUGUAAAGACAUGAAAUGCCACAACACACGCAUGCGCAAUAGUAAUAGUUGUGUCCAGUGUUAUGGCGCUCGCGGUGUUUUGUCUUCAAAUGUUGAACAAGUUAUCCUGUUGUCAGUUUUUUUUUUAUGGAGAAUUAAAUCUGGUCAGAACGACAAAA